AUGAAUUUCCCGCCGAUUGCUUCACUUGCUGCAUUCAGGAGUGUUUUAGGGAGAUCCCGUCACCUCAUCAAGCCGCUUUCACGAAAAAUAGCUUCUUCUCUGACGAUGGAAAACCAGAGACUUGUGUGGGUCGAUCUAGAGGUCAGUUGAUUCACCAACUAAUUUACUGUAUUUGGUUUCAGAAACUUAUCAGUUCGAAAGUGAUAUGCAGAAGAAUGGUAUCGUCUAGUUAUCGAUCGAGAUGCAUGUGCUGCGUUUUGGGAACAAACUUAAUGAGGAAGCUUGCCGCCGAUUUAUCUUUGCAAAUCUUUUUAAUUCACUAUAUCUCUAGGUAACGUUAUGAUGAAACAUUCUAGUCGCCAAUUUGGCGACUAAUUUUCAGGAUUUGGUUGCCAAUUGAAAGUGAAAAAUUUAGUCGCAUUGGCGCCUGUAUUAGGCGCAAUUUCACGCCCUGGCAUUACGGUUACUUGAUUCACUUAACAAGCCUUACUUUAUAAACGACUGUAAAUAGGUAAAAAUCGUAUAAUUUAUGUGAACUGCGGUUGAAGAAAAGAAUAUGGAAGCGAUCCUUGCAGUUAUGAACACUACUUGAAUAGCAGUGAAAAUAAGGCCUGAAAAAAGUUCAGGUCCAUAUGAGAUUUGAACCCAUGACCUCAACCGGUGCAGAUGGAAUGGUGUAUUUGGAACCAACAUAACGACCAGCCCCCAGUUAGCUUGUUACCUCAGUUGGUAGAGUACUGCACCAGUAAAUAACAGUUAAGAAAAGUGAUUAUAUAGGACUAUUAAAGCAAACAAUAAAAGUUGCAUUAAAGCUAACCUGCAUGCAAAUAUUACCUUACUUUUUUGUGACCAGUGCACAGAGGAGGUUUCUCUCAUCCAUAAGAGAUUUCAGACAAGCAGUUUUAAGAUGAAGGUCAACCUCGUUGUCUACUACGCAGUUUUUAUCGAAACAGAAAUUUUUUUAAAUUAGUAAAACAAGGGUAGAUUGUCUGGUUUUGUGGUUGCUGUUUUUGUGUUUUGCUGAAAAUGAUCUUUUAUUCCCUCUUCAACUUGACCUUGUUGCUGCUGGUUUGGCCAUCAAGAUGACAGGUAAUUAAAGCUUUUCCUUUGUCCAUUAUUGAAGCACAAUAAACUCUCUUACUCCUAUUAACCCCUCACUCCCAAGAACUCAAUAGUAACUCUCCUUGCCGUCUGCCAUACAGUUGUUAUGAUGUUAGUUCAGAGAAUUUGGUAUUUGAUCAACUAAUAAUCCUUUUACUGAUAUUUUUAUUUAUUCUCAUAACUUGUAUUCUUGAUAUUGUAUUGAUAUUGUAAGGAGAAAUUCUACUUUGGUCACUCAAGGAAGUCAAAGAGUUAAAAUUUCACCAAGAAGUUGGUAGGAUAACUUAUAUUAAUGAACCAUGGAAUCCUCUCCUGUAAAAUCUUGUCCUGAAUUCUGUUACUUAACCUGAAAUUCAAAGAUUUUAUCAAUAUGGAAUUAAGAAAUACUGAUUCACAUGUUGAGCCCUCUUAACACUUGUGAUGAUUAAUUUUAGUGAAGAAGACUAUAGAGAGUGGUAUUGGACAGAGCUAAAACUUUUAACAUCUCUCCUUUAGGUCUUGACAUCGAUGAGUGUCAUAUUAUAGAAAUGGCAUGCCUGAUCACAGAUGAAAACCUCAAUAUUGUGGCAGAGGUAAUGUAUGUCCAAGAAUAAUAUAGACUGAAAUGAUAAAAUGAUCUAUGUGGGUUGGCUGCAAAGCCUGAAAAAAAAUUCAGGUUUUGACAAGAGCCAAACCCAUGCUUGCUAGAUACUAUGACUUGUUGGAAGCUUCCAUCAACAGAGCCGUGAGGUGACAUGUUGUUAGAAAGGCAAAUUCAAGGAGGUCCAUAGUACAAUUCAAUGAAGUAAAUGAUAUUUUGAUGUUCGGAAGAAAUAGAAAGGAAGAGAUGAUUAAGAAGUGUGGUUUAACUGAUGGGCAGCUUAUCUUGGUCUACUGUAGCAUCAUCAGAUCUGUCUUGGAGUAUGCAAGUCCUGUAUGGGCUGGCCUCAUGCAGUACUUGAGUGAUCAAAUUGAGUCGGUUCAAAAGAGGGCUCUAAAAAUCAUUUUCCUGUUUAUGAGUUAUGAGGAAGUGCUUAAGAAGUCAGGCUUAAUUAAUCUAUGCCAGAGGAGGGAGGAUGCGUGCGUCACUUUCCUUAAGCGGAGUUACUACUCUUCUGACCUACUACGAAAUUUAGUACCGCAAUUUCAAUUUUCAAGACCAUAUGCCCCUAGGGCAGGAAGAACUGUGUCUGUACUUACCUCCUCAAGAUCUAUUAGAUUUGGAAAUUUUUGCACUAUUAAAUAUCAGAAUCAUGUGUAAUAUACUUAACUGCAAUUUAUCUUAUUACUUAUAGUAUUUAAUGUUUACACAAUAUUUAAUAUUUAUAUUUAAUUGAUAUCUAAAAUAGUUCUAUGUAUGCAUAAUGUAGAAGUAUUUGUAAAUUUUGACCCGCCUUGUAAUUCAGUUUCUACUGCAAGAAGGCUGAAUAAAUGAUCAUCAUCAUCAUCAUCACAGUUAAGCUUCAAAGUUAUUUUUAUUUUGAUAUAUGUGUUUUUCUAAUUAAAGGCACCUGACUUAGUAAUUCAUCAGCCAAACUCAGUCUUAGAAGCCAUGGAUGAAUGGUGUGUCAAACAUCAUGGAGAGGUAAAGAUGCAUAGAUUUUGGCUCAUAAUUAACAAUUGUUUCAUACUUCAGCAUGCGUUCAUCGAGAUAUGAAGCAUGCAGGAAGUUUGGAGAGCACGAAAGAUGUGUAAGAGUUGCUCAAGGUGUAGCCGAGAGCAACUCUAGCUUCUUAAGUGCUCUCCAAACUUCCCAAAUGCUUCAUAUCUUGACGAACCCACGGCUAAUGCAUGAACCGAUUGUUCAUGGAAAAUUUUUUUUCUCAGGGAUUUGUUUGCUGACGUCAUGAGCAUGCACAAUAGGAAUAUGAAGUACACUUGUGCAAUUGAAUUUGAUUACACAAAUUUACAAGCCAUGUUAUAACUUUUAUUUGACCCUCUACACAAUAAAAUAAGUAUACAUAUUCUGCAUACUGUUUCAGUACCUUUAUGUACAAAAAUUUCAAUGCUGUAAUGUAUCUUUAACUCCCAAGAUCUCAUUUAGUAAUCCUCCUUACUGUCUGCCAUACAGUUCUUGUGAUGUUAGUUUGGAGAACUAGGUGUUGGAUCAACUAAUAAUUCCCUAAUCAUGGGAGGUAAAAGGUUAACCCUCUAAUCCUUAAUAUCAGUGACUAGCAUCUGAUCUCUCCUUAAAAUAUCACCCCUGAAUCAAACAUUGAAAGGAAAUGAUCACCAACUAAAGCAGUUUUUGUUGUUAAACAAAUUCACCUUACUUGUACCUAAAGAAAUGUAUAGUGAACAGUAUGGAGAAUUUGCAUACUGAUGUUAGGGUGUAGAGGAUUAAUGCUGUGUUAAUAUUCCUUCUCCUCACUCUUCAAGUCAGGUUUAACAGCUGCUGUUAAAGCAUCCAAAACCAGCCUCUCAGAGGCACAACAAAUUUUUCUGGAGUUUAUAAAAAAACACACUCCAGCUAAGCAGUGUGCACUGGCUGGAAACAGCGUGCAUUGGGAUAAAAAGUUCCUGGACAAGUACAUGCCUAAAUUUAUGAAUCACCUACAUUACAGAAUUGUGGAUGUUAGCACAGUGAAAGAACUCUGUAGGUUAGUGAACUGAAAUUUUAUAAUUAAUAAUGGUUUUAUGUACUUUUAAUCCUUUCACUUCCAAGAUCUCAGUAGUAAUUCUCCCUACUGGCUGCCAUACAAUUCUUAUGAUGUUAGUUCAGAGAAUUUGGUAUUGGAUCAGCUUAUAAUCCCCUAAUUGAUAUUUUUCUUUCUUCUUAUCCCUUGAUAUUGAUAUUUCAUUAAUAUUACAAAGGAGAAAUCAUGUCUUGAUCAUUCAUAAGGGUUAAAGGAUUAAUUUAUUGCAAUUUUAAUAUCUUUUUGAGUCUGUUGGUUUUUAUCCUGUUUUUAUUUUAGCACAGUAAAAUUUACAUUUCAGUUAUUUACUUUUUUUAUUUUUGUGUUCAAUCAUGUCCUUGUGAUGCAUGGUUUUAAGAUUCAAGGUAGUCUUUAAGCAUAACCCUUUUCUCCAAAUGUACCCAUCAUGUUUAACCUUUUGACUCCCAGAUAAAAUUUGUAAUUCUCCUUACUGUCAACCAUACAAUUCUUAUAAUGUCAGUUCAGAGAAUUUAGUAUUGGAUCAAUAAUUAUCCCCAAAUUGAUAUAUUUCUUUAUUCUCACUAUCCGGACCCUGAUUAUCCGGAGUAUUCGAUUAUCCGGACUUUCUUCUCUGGUCCCAAUUUUUCUAUGAAUAUUAAUUAGUUGUGAUCUUGAAAACUCAAAGUCGCAAAAAGCCCAAUAAUCCUUUCAAAAGACUGUUGAAACAGCAUAUUAUCCUGUGCGCUUUUCAAAAUUCGAAAGUGCGACGAGACAAAGAAAUAUUCUGAUGUGUUCAGCUGAUAUAUGGUUGGCUCAAUUGUUUUGUUGCCUAGGGAAUUUCAUGUUUGAUUAGUUCAUGUAAACACACAAGCGAUCGAUCAUAAACUCAAAUCAAAAACAUGCCUACGAAGCGAAAGCUAGCCGUUCUAUUGAUUAAAGAUAAGCAGAUAAUUAUUUCACAUUUCUAUCUCAUUAAUAUUCAUAUUUUCGAUUAUCUAGACUCUCGAUUAUCCAGACUAUUUACCGAGGUCCCGAUGAGUCUGGAUAAUCGAGGUUCGACUGUACUUAUUUGGUUGAUAUUGUAUUGAUAUUGUAAGGAGAAAUUCUCUCUUGGUCUCUCAUGGGAGUAGUAAAUUUGGAUGAAACUGCACUGAAUGCUGACAAUGGACCAAUAAUGAAGUUACAAUUAAAAAUUAGAUGGCAUGUUGCCUUGCACCUUUGCAAUAAGAGAUCACAGAUGACGUCAAAAUGUGACAACAACAAAAGAGUAGCGCAUGAGGCGCAGCUUUGGAAAAAAAACUUGAAAAAAAAUUGAGGCCUUUUUUUCAGUACUGCUUAAGUAGUGUUCAUUACGGCAAAGAUUGCUUCCAAACUCAAUUCUUAAACCACAGUUCACAUAUAUGAUUUCAAUGUAUUUAAAGUCGUUUAUUCAUCACUUCAUGGGUUUAUUACAUGAACCAACAUUAUGAUAAUGACCAGCUCACAGUUGGCUUGUUAGCUCAGUUGGUAGAGUGCUGCACCAGCAUCACAGAGGUCAUGGGUUCAAAUCCCUUACAGGCCUAAAUUUUUUUUAGACUUUAUGUUCACUACAGCUUAAUCUUUUAACUCUCAUAAGUGAUUAACAUGGAAAUUCUCCCUAAAAUAUACAUACAUUAUCCUGUAAACAGGUAUUGAGAAAACUCCAACUUAUCAGGUAGAGUUGUUAUCUUGACUCAACACUUAAUUCUCAUAACUGAUUUAUGAUGAAAUGUGUAGCAGCUGAAGGGGAGAAUUAACAAUCAGAUCUUGGGAGUUAAAGGAUUGAGUGGUGUUCAUUACUGCAAAGAUCACUUCCAAAUUCAAAUUAAUUUUGAUUGUGUUCCCUCUAUUAGGAGAUGGUAUCCUGAGAUUUACCAACAAGUUCCCAAGAAAAAGCAAACCCACAGGUACAGUAAAUAAUUAUUUAACUCUUCAACUCUCAGAUGUGAUUAACAUGUAACUUCUCCCUAUAAUACCCAUGCAUUAUCCAGCACACAGGUAAUGAGAAUACUCAAACUUAUCACCUAGACGAUUUAACUUGAUCUAACACCAAAUUCUUGUUACUAUUUUACAAGUAAUUGUGUAGAAGCCAGAGAGGAGAGUUAAGAAUCAGAUCUUGGGAGGUAAAGGGUUAAGGACUACAAUUUGAAAUUGGUUAAAUGGCUAGCCUGUGCCAUUAUAAAAUUAUGCAUGGUAAUUUAGUAUUAUCAACUGAGUUGAUGACGUAAAGUGACCACUGUAAAGAGUUUCAAAGGUGACAUUUCGAGCAUUAGCCCUCCAUCAGAGGGAAAGUACAUAUAUAUGUUCCUCAUCUCCUCUAAACAAAAGCCCAGUAAAGCUGUUUGAUACUUCAAGGCCCACUUGUUCAAAGAGCUAAUAUUAUCCUAUCCAGGGGAUAAAAAGUUCUAGGGGAUAGCUGUCAACAAAACAUACCAUGCUAUCCACAAGACAGACUUAUCGUGUUGAUAGUGUUGAUACCCACCCUUCGUACAACCAGGAUCAUUCCAAAAGAUUGCCUUAUUCAGUUUGAAGGAAAAAUAAUUUAAGGGUCUGGUGAACAAAAAGGCAAUGGGGUAUUAUGAUGAUUUGUAUACCACUGAUUGUUAACAGGAGACAGUCAUUUAAAAAGAAUGCUUCUGUCAAUCAUUUUUUUUUUCCCUGAUCUGUUCUUUUCAAAACAGAACUUUGAAUCACCAAAUAGCAAAUCUAACCAAUAAUUUGCUUUUAAAUGCAGAGCCCUGGAUGACAUCAAAGAAAGCAUUGUUGAACUUCAGUUUUACAAGCAGAAGAUAUUCAAGUAAUAAGAUGCAAAACAAAGCAGUUUCUUAAUUUACUUGGAACAUUUGAUCAGCAGUAGAGGACAAAAAUGAUAUCUAAUAUAAACCUUGCCAAAGUAAAGUGCAUCUUGUAACUUUUUUUUUUUACCCCUUUAAUUAACAAUUGGUUCAUACAUCAGUGUGCGUUCAUUGAGAUAUGAAGCAUGCGGGAAGUUUGGAGAGCAUGAAAGAUGUGUAAGAGUUGCUCGAGGCGUAGCUGAGAGCAACUCUAGCUUCUCGAGUGCUCUCCAAACUUCCC